AAUUUCAAAUUCCCCGAGAAAAUCGAAAUCCGCAGAUAAACCCUAAUCCUCAGAGAAAGCCGUCAAACCCUAUAUCGAGAUGUUGGAACUUCGUCUAGUCCAAGGUUCCCUUCUCAAGAAGGUUUUGGAAGCCAUCAAGGAGCUCGUAAACGAUGCGAACUUCGAUUGUUCAGCCACAGGGUUUUCUCUCCAAGCUAUGGAUUCCAGCCACGUGGCGUUGGUGGCAUUGCUGCUCCGAUCGGAAGGGUUUGAACACUACCGUUGCGACCGCAACAUCUCCAUGGGCAUGAACCUCAACAACAUGUCGAAAAUGCUCAAAUGUGCCGGUAACGAUGACAUAAUCACCAUCAAGGCCGAUGAUGGUAGCGACACUGUUACCUUCAUGUUCGAAAGCCCUACGCAAGACAAGAUUUCAGAUUUUGAGAUGAAGCUGAUGGACAUUGAUAGUGAACACCUUGGAAUUCCCGAGGCAGAAUAUCAUGCCAUUGUUAGGAUGCCGUCUUCAGAGUUUGCCAGGAUUUGCAAAGAUCUUAGUAGUAUUGGUGACACUGUUGUAAUUUCGGUUACUAAAGAGGGUGUAAAGUUUUCCACCAAAGGAGAUAUUGGAACUGCAAAUAUAGUUUGCAGGCAGAAUACAUCUGUGGACAAGCCUGAAGAAGCCACUGUCAUAGAGAUGAAUGAGCCUGUGUCUUUGACAUUUGCGUUGCGAUACAUGAACUCUUUCACUAAGGCAACACCAUUGUCUAAUACAGUUACUAUUAGUCUCUCAAAUGAGUUGCCAGUUGUGGUUGAGUACAAGAUUGCUGAGAUGGGUUAUGUCCGGUUCUAUUUGGCACCCAAGAUAGAAGAAGAUGAAGAAGAGUCAAAACCUCAAGUUUAAUCUAUUUAUUAGAUGUUGGAUUUAGGAUUUUAAUUCGGUUGUACUUGGAUGCCUUAAUACAUCUAUUUAAGAUAUUUUAACUUGGGCAACAGAUUGGUGAUCUAUGAACUUCAUAGAGGUGUAUUGGUUUCCUACCACCUUAUUUUCCCUUGAAUAUAUUGUAGUUUAGGACAC